AUGGAUUCUUCAGUCAGUCGUGUGGAACUGGUGCGGCUGCCGGAGAGACAGACAUCGAGGCAGAGAGGCUGCUCGGAGCAGACGCUGGGUCAGAGCGCUCAGUUGCUUCAGACAAUCACAGGGGAGCGAGAGAAAGACACAGGAAGAGAGAGAGAACACUACAUAGAGAGAGAGGCUGAAAAAGGAGGGAGAGACAGGGGAGGGAGGUAAAUAUGUGACAGGAUGUGGUUUCCCUGAGCUUGCAAAAACAUUGGUAUACAGUCAUACUUUGAGCAUGACCUAAACACACUAAGCGUGCAAGUGUGUUUGAGCGCCAAUAGGUGGUGAAGGGAGAGACGAAGCAAACCGCUGGAGCUGCUGCUGCUGAGCCCGCAGAACCAACACUCGUGUUCCUCUGCUGCCUGCCUGCCUGCCUGCUCGCACGCCUGCCCGGAGGAUUGUGGUUCCUUUAAGCCGACCGGCUCCCCGGCAGCCUCUGACAGCUCGCCGGACAGGAUCCGAACCCGUCCUCCAUCCUCUGUUUGCGUUCUUCUCCCCACGUGAAGUAGAAUGCGAUUCUGUGCUGGAAGCAGUCGUCCAGUUGCUGCAUUUGUGUCCAAGCAGUGAACUUUUCAACGAGACUGUGAAAGAGGGUUUUUAUACAGAGUGACUCACAAACUGUGGAGCCAUGGGCUGCGGGCUGCGCAAGAUGAAACCGGUGUCUGAUGAGAACAGUCCAGGGAAGAUUUACUCCACUCUGAAGAGACCACAGGUGGAGACCAAGGUGGGCGUGGCCUAUACAUACCGCUACCUGGACUUCCUCAUCGGCAAAGACGGUGGGACCUCCACUCUGCGUCUGUCAUCGGUGCGAGAGCUGCCAGGUCAGCUGCAGGAGCUCUACCAGCAGGGUUUCAUUCUGGCUGCUGUCCACCCGUUCAUCCACCCCUGCGGUCCAGAGUCCAACAGCCCACAGUACCAGCUCUACAGGGCCAUCCUGGUCCGAUUAAAUGACGGGGUGGAAAGGAGCCAGCAAGUCUGCCCACCAUACAAACUACAGCUGGAAGAGUGUCUGUCUGCUGAGCAGGUGCCCACCCCAGAGCUCAUCCAGGGCUACGUCAAGAAGCAGAUACAGGAUGCUGCUGACCAAGGAGUGAUGUUCAUAGGAUUUGUCCAGGAACCAUACGGAGCCCCGUGCACCAGGAUCAGAGAACCAGACACCCCCUCUUUGUCCCUGCACUCCAGCCCCUGCUCUGUGCUUGAUUCCCUGGGCAGCUGCAGCCCCUCAAACCCCUCAAGCCCCACAAACCAUGCAGAACCUCAAGCUGCAGCUGACGUGGUGGAAAAAGAGGGGAAGGACGACGCUUCGUGCAAGGCUGGGGAAGAAGAACCGAGCGGGGAGAAGAAUCAAAGCGAGAACGCUGGGAAUGAAUCGGGGCCUGGGGUCGAGGGGGUCUCACCUGCAGGGUCUCCUGUGUCAGAACAAAGUGAGGCACUGACAGAGGAGGAUUCACCGUAUCAUAAUAACAACAAAGACAGCAGCACAGAGACAAAGGAGAGGCCAAGAUACCGGCUGCGGAGAGGUGAUGGGGUCGAUCUGCUGGCUCUGUACAACCACCCACGGGUCCGGGAGGGCCAGGUGAAGUACUACACUGUCAAGGUGCCUCUGCGAGUUCAGAAUUGUGAUGAAGGGGUCAAAGGGGUGGAGGCCAACUGGCUGGAUCACAUGACCCAACACUUCAACAACGGGGCCUCGCUGGUCGAUGGAUAUUUCCACCUGGGCAACAUGAGUGAUUUGCUGCCCAAGUCUGUGGAAAGUGUCUUCAUCUUCCAGGAAGCGAGUGAAGGUGAGCCGAGCGCGGCCACCCCAGCGUACGACGCCAUCGUUGUGGAGCAGUGGACCGUCAUUGAUGGUUUGCAGGUGAAGGCUGAUUACGUCCCUCUACUUCAGUCUCUGGCCACAUAUGGAUGGAGGCUCACUUGUGUGCUGCCAACUCCUGUAAUCAAGACUAACAGUGAUGGAAGUCUGUCCACCAAGCAGAUCGUUUUCCUGCAGAGACCCAUCUUAGGCCGAAAGAGGAGGGAAUCAAAGAAAUUAAUCUUCAAGCCCCGAAGCAAGUCCGGCAAGAACUGCGUCAAAGACACCGCAAAGAAUAAGAAGAAAAAGAAAGCAAAAGUCGAGAAGGAUGCAGAAGAUCCCAAGACUCCUGACGACAGAGAGAAGGCCGAGAGGGAGGAAGACAAGAGCAGGGAUGAAAAGGUGAAUACAGCAGAGGGAGAGACAGAAAGAGAAAGUGAGGCAAUGACAGAGAGCGAGGCGAGGUGUGGGGAAGAUGGAAAAAUUGAUGAUGGCAUUGAAAUCAGCAUAGAGACUGUCACAAAGAAAGAUGGAGGAGCAGCGACAAGAGACAAGGGAAUGGAAAAUGGCACUGAAGAAGAAGAAGAAGCACUGGAUGGAGAGGGAUCGGACGCGAAUGGAGAGGAGGUGAUGAAAACCGUUGCAACUGUCGAGAGCAAGACCAAAGAGAAGGAAGACGAGGGCGGCGCAGAAGUUGAAGUUGUGAUAGAAAAUGGGGUAGAGACAGAUGAGGAGAAAGCCGAGGGUGACGAUGAUGCAGUCAGAUGCAAAAUAGAAGAAUCAGUCCGCACGGAGGCCACACGUCAAAGCCCAGAGGAGACUCAAGAGUAGCCCCAGAAGUUUAGUCCCCACCCUACCUCUCAGAGUCCCCGUUCUCAGAACUGGUUCACAGUGUCGUCCC